UUCGCCUGGUUACCUGGUUGCCUCGGCGACGUUUGUCAACAGGGGACGGGUGUGGAGGAAGAGAGGCCCUUGUUAGGUAAAGGAAAUCGCACAUGGCUGUAUUUUCACACGAAUUCCCGGGAAGUUUCGGAAUUGACUUGACUUGCAAAAAUUCCUAAUGGCGUCAAAUAAAGGUCAGCCUAAACCUUUGAAGAAAGGUCCCAACCAGGGAAAGAUGGACCCCAUGCAGCGUGCCAGAUACUUGGCUUACGAGCAGCCUAACGAAUCGGUAGCAGCAUCAAUAGCCGUCACGCAGACCCGGCUGAAAGAACACGCCGUCAGAUCCCAGGCUGAGCCCCGAAAACAGAUCCUGACCCUCCAGCAGGAGAGGCAGGCCAAGGUGGUGGGCCAGCUGAAGGCCGCAGAAGCUCGAAACCAUAUUUGGCUGAUGAGAUUCCGCUUCCAAUGCAUGAAAGCUCAGGAACUGAACAAUCUCAUCUCCUGCCAACCCACUGCCAGGGAUGCCACCAGACUGGAGGUUUUCCUGCCACCUAGGACUCAUACGGCGGACUCUCGGGACUCAUUAACGAGAAUUCAGAGGGAACGGGUAGAAGAUCUCUUAGAGGAUGACCGAGGGCUCCUAACAAAUCGUAUCCUGUGACUGUAACCAGGAGCAGAGAAACCAUACAAUGUUCCAUUGCACUGUGUCCUUCCGCCUCCGCUUCUUAUUAAAGUCUAUUUAUGCAUAGAAGUGCCGA